AACGCCCCUACUCUACCUAGAAAAUGGACGUCGAGUCGCUUUAGAGGCAUUGCGACGAGGAUCACUAUAUUUUAUAUAACAGUGCAAGUUUACCCCAGACACGCUUUUAAUAUAACGUGAUAGUAAUAACAAACUUAUGUUGUUGAAUUUUCCAGAACAUUUUUUAUUCAUCACUGUCAGUAUAUUUUGCUUUCUAGCUAGCAUUACGGAGUCAAUUAACGUUAGCUUGCUUGCUAACGUAGCUAGCCAGCUAACGUUAGUUAUUUUUUUCCGCUUUUACUAACGUCAGUGAGCUAGCUAGCUAACUUGUCAAUAACUAAGUUGACGCAUUGUCAUCACUAUGAUCCUAACAGGUAGGUAGCACUGCUUAAGGCUAGCUACUUCUCUUUCACGUUAGACUAACUAAUAGCUAGUUCAAAGAAUUUGCUAGCUACUGAAGUUGCGUUAUUCUCAGGCGGCGCUAGCUGGUCACCGUAGUAACUACCUAGCUAUGGCAUCCAGGCGAGGAAAUUGUAAUAGCGGCGUGGAUUCUCCGUUGAGUAUCAAUAGCACAGCCAGUGGUCCUAAUCGUAAACAAAGUAUAAUCAACACCCCAAACAGAUCUGGGACUAGUCCUUGUUAUGAUCGUAAAGUAGGGAAGGCUGAGUAUGGGCACCAAGCAUGCCAGGGCAACAUGACUGUAUCCUCACUGAAGACACGUCUAGCCCCGACCAUUGAAACCACGUUAACCGCUGCUGUAGAUACCCUCUUGGGCGAGGUAGUACUUGUACUCAACGAGACCCAACAAGAGCUGGUUAACAAGGAGCAGGAGAACGAAAGACUCAAAGUGGAAUUGAGGACGUUACAAGAAUGCCUUAGCAGCGCCCAAAAGUUAAUCGACCAGUUGCAAAUUCCUUUCCCUGGUGCACAGACCAUGGGUCAGUCAGUUUUCGCCCCGUCUCUCACAUCUAUUGGCUCUAUGACCACAGCUAUGGACAGGGACCGCCAGAGCAAUCGUAAUGUGAAUGGUGCGGACGGCCGGUGUGUUUCCGGGGUCAACCUAGAGAUGGGUGGCUCUCUCAGUGAGUCUCUGCAUGGUUAUAACUCCAGGGAUGACUAUAAAAUGUGUCAGCUCUCAAUCCAAUCAGAUGGCUCUGUGACCAACCAUUCUAUGGACUCCUAUGCUCCCAACACACCUAACAUCUGCUCUGACCCCAGCCGGCCAGAUGAGAGGCGGCAGCAGCAGCAGCAGGGGACCCAAGCAGUAGGACCAAGGUUUGAGAUCAAAGAAGAGCAAGGGCCUGGUCCAAGUUCAGGUCCAGGGCCGACCUGCAGUAGAGGGGCAGGGCUGAGGAGCGCCGGGGGUGCUGGUGGUGGUGAGCAGACUGCCCCGAAUGUGGAUGAUCUGGGAUACAUCCAUGUGGUGGAGCAGGAGGGGUCAUCACGCUCCAGCAGCUACUCUCUCCGCCAACCAAAACCCAUGCGGCCAACUCCUGCUACCUUUGGUCCGGCUCAGGGGGGACUGGCAGGACAGAAAGUGGCGUUGAGGUCCCCUGGAGCAGUAGGAAGUGACAGCAUGUCCCCAGGUAGGGCAGGAGGGACAGCAGGACCAUCCACCUCUCCAGGAGACCCAGAUGCAGAUCGCCCCCACCAUUGUCUGGAGUGUGGGAAGACCUUCCGCCUCAUCUCCAGCCUGAAGAAGCACAUCCGCAUCCACACAGGAGAGAAGCCCUACCCAUGUGGGGUGUGUGGCCGACGCUUCCGGGAGUCAGGGGCCCUGAAAACCCACCUUCGCAUUCACACCGGCGAGAAGCCCUACUCCUGCUCUGAUUGCCCUAAAAUCUUCCGCCACCUAGACGGCCUGCGCAAGCACCAGCGCACCCACACUGGUGACAAGCCCUACGUGUGUGCCAUCUGUGGCAAGCGUCUGAGCCGACUGCAGCACCUGAAGCACCACCAGCGCAUCCACACCGGAGAGAAACCCUGCAGCUGCCCCUUCUGCAACCGCACCUUCAAGGAGCCUGCGGCGCUGCGCAAGCAUGUCCGCACUCACCGUGAGGAGUCUGGCAACAUGGAGGCAGGCGUGGGAGACGACCCGGACCCAGAAUCCCUGGACAACAUCAACAGCCUCCACCCUGCUGCCCCCUCCCCUCAGAUGAGGUUUGAUGAGUGGGGAGCCGAAGGGGAUGAUGUGGACUGUGUGUAGGAUGGGCUCAUCCUUCUGUCUACUGCCUACAGCAUUAGAACGCGACCUUGAAAGAGUCUUCCUAUUCCAUUACUGUACUGUGUGAGAAAGCCUCCAUUCCUUUCCUGAGAAACAGGCUAUCUAUCUACAUCCUUAGUGUUGUCCAGUGACCAGGGUAACCUAUUGUUUUCAGAGACACUUCAUUUGCCUGUCUGACCCUCUGCCACAUCUAUCAUUUAGUGCUUUAUAAUCUUAGAAAUGUGAAAGUAUUUUAUACAAUAUGAAAUGUACCUAUGUAUCAUGUCCCCCUUUUCUCUCGUUGCUAAUUACCUUCCUAUACAACUCCCAACAACCUACCUAAACUGUGUUCGAAUACUCAUACUAAACAUACUAUUUGUGACAUAAAUUGAGUAUGUAUUAUUAUCAUUGUUAUAGGUAUGGAUAUAAUUCGUAUGCCUAAAGUUCCCAAAUGCCGUACGACAUUUGCCAAAAUAUGAAGUAUACAAGCUGUGGACACUAUUUCCAUGCUUAUAGGGCCCAUAAUGCAAUUUUUCAGGAAAUGGGUGUGGCUUCACAGCAUUUUCACCUUUAUUUAACUAUGCAAUUCAGUAAAGAACAAAUUCUUAUUUACAAUGACUGCCUAGGAACAGUGGGUUAACUGCUUUGUUCAGGGGCAGAACGACAGAUUUUUACCUUGUCAGCUCGGGGAUUCGAUCUUGCAACCUUUCGCAACCGUUACUAGUCCAACGCUCUUACCACUAGGCUUCCUGCCGCCCCAGAUUUGAAAAAUGAAAACAAUUGUGGAAAAUAUGCAGCCAAAUACAACGAGAGCGAAUACAAAUUCAUUGCUUUAACUUAUUAUGACAAAUGUUAAGAAAAUGUUGUCCAAUGUAAUGACUUCAAAUAAGUUAUGUUAUAUUGGCUGACAAUUUGUUAGCUACGCUAGCCUUACAAACCGCAUAGCAUUGCAGCAGUUGCUUGAAUGUUCCACUAUGUUAGCUACCUACCUUAUGUUAGUUGCCUAAUAAUAUAGUGUACUUGCCAGUAUAUUAACAAUAUGUUAUCUAACUAACUACCCAAUGUUUAUUGACUUGAUUAUUCAUGUCAUUGUUAGCAUAGCUAAGUGGUAGUCGUUGUGUGUUCUCAAUGGACAUUGUUAAUGAAGUCAGGUGAAUUCACCAAUUUGUAAGUCGCUCUGGAUAAGAGCGUCUGCCAAAUGACUUAAAUGUAAUGUAAAUGUUAAGAUGUCAAGUUAGCAAUUUGUUAUGCUAGCAAGCAGCAACCUCCGGUAGACAGGAGAAGCGCUAGUACGCUCAACUGAAAGGAUACCGUUCGUUUACAGUAUACUAAAAUGAACUUAUAGUAUGUAGUGUACAGUAUGUUAGUAUGGGUAUUCGAACACAGCUUUAGUGUAUAACAGCCAUGUGGCUGCUGGAAAUACAAGUCCUUUAAGGUGCUCAUCGUAUGUAUUUUGUGACGGAAUGGAGUUCUAUGCAGCCGGCAGGGAGCGUAGUGGUUAGAGCAUUGGGCCACCGGAAGGUUGCCGGAUCAAAUCCCUGAGCUGACAAGGUAAAAAAAAAAAAAAAAUCUGUCGUUCUGCCCGCUGUUCCCCGGUAGGCCUUCAUUGUAAAUGAGCAUUUGUUCUUAACUGACUUGCCUGGUUCAAUAAAAUGUUAAAAAACAUGUCCCAGUUAACUACUAUUAGUGUCAUGGUGACGUUAAACUGAGGUUCAUCAUUGUGACCUUACCAUAAACAACUGCAACUUCAGAGAGAGUGGAAAGCCUUACUAGCACCUACCCCACACAUACUGAUAAACAACUGCAUAUAUGUACCAGCUGGGAAAUCCCUCCUCUUUCAUGCAAUGUGAUGGCUGCGUCCUACUCUCUUUGUCAGAAGUUGCUGCUUAUUGUCAUGUCAUAUUGCUGAAUGUUCCUUUAACUAUUAAUGCCACUAUGUAAUGUAAAUAUGUAAUCACUUGCAGUUGUUCCCAAUUCUUUCUGGUAUUGAUUGACCAAUUCAGAUAGAAAAGGGGAACCAUCUUUAUCUGAAGGGGUGUCUGUCUGAUCAGAGCACACUUCUAGUUUCAGCCUUUUAAAGCUGUCAAUCUCUUUCCCAGUGUAUGAUCCUUGUGAACCAGACUUGGUCCAUCUGCCAUUAUGGAAAAUGUACAUUACCGUUGACAAUAUUGAACAUUUUCUUUAAAAUGCAACGCUGGAGUUACAUCCAACAUGCGUAGUGGGUUCUCUGGACCCAAGGGAACAGGGUCAUGUACCGCAUUCAGUGGUUAUUUUUGCACGUCAAUAUUGAACAAAUUGUUAUAUUUUUCUUCCUGCUAAGAAUUUGGUAUGAAAUGUUAAAGAACAUGAUUUUGUUAUUACUUGUCCUCCUGUGUUUGAAAUGUAUUUUGACCCAUCUGAUGCGUAACGUUACUCUUGUCUUAAUGUUGCCUAUUAAAGAGCCUUUGUUGAUAUUG